AUGGAGCCGGAGGAAACCACACAGGGACACGCCACUAAUUUGGCACAAUCUGCCGCCUCCAAACUGUCCCAAAUGGGCGAAAGAACUAAACAGCUGGGCAAUGUUGUAAUCCAAGACCCAGUUCGGAAGAACCGGAUUAUUCUAGUAAUAGUGUGUACAGCACUUUUGUUAGACAACAUGCUUUACAUGGUUAUUGUACCAAUUAUACCCGAUUACCUUGAAGAGCUACAGAAAGCAGCGGAUCAAGCUGCCCAAGCCCUUGCACCGCACACCAACUCCACUAACAGCACCGGCCACAUAGUACCCAAAGGGAACUUCGACCUACAGAUAGGUGUUCUUUUUGCGUCAAAGGCCAUCCUACAGCUUCUGGUGAACCCGCUAAGUGGCACGUUUAUCGACAGGGUCGGCUAUGAUAUCCCACUCUUCAUCGGACUCAAUGUCAUGUUUCUCUCCACCCUUAUAUUUGCCUUCGCUGAAAACUACGCGACUUUGUUCCUGGCGCGCAGCAUGCAGGGCCUCGGCUCAGCUUUCGCGGACACUUCAGGGAUCGCUCUGAUCGCAGAUACGUACACAGAGGAGGCAGAGAGAAGCAAAUCACUGGGUAUUGCCUUGGCUUUCAUCUCAUUUGGAAGUCUUGUGGCGCCCCCCUUUGGAGGGGUUCUAUAUCAGUUCGCUGGGAAGCGGGUGCCUUUCCUGAUUCUGGCCUGUAUCUGUCUUAUUGAUGGCAUAUUGUGCCUAAUUGUGCUAAAGCCCUACGCCAACCGAGAGAGAGAAAACAUGCCAGUGGGCACCCCAAUAUAUAAACUGAUGAUUGAUCCCUAUAUAGCUGUAGUGGCUGGUGCUCUGACAGUUUGUAACAUCCCUCUAGCCUUCCUUGAGCCCACUAUCGCCAACUGGAUGGAGGAAAACAUGCACUCCAGUCAGUGGGAGAUCGGCAUGACGUGGUUCCCUGCCUUUUUUCCUCAUGUGUUAGGUGUAUUUCUCACUGUCAAGUUAGCAGCCAAAUACCCCCACCUCCAGUGGUUUUAUGGUGCUAUAGGUAUGGUAUUUAUAGGCGCAAGCUCCUGCACAGUGCCAGCCUGUAAAACCUUUGGACAGCUUAUGAUCCCGCUGUGUGGAAUCUGUUUUGGCAUCGCCUUCGUGGACACGGCGUUGCUGCCAACACUGGCUUUUCUGGUGGAUGUGCGGCACGUGUCAGUGUAUGGCAGUGUGUACGCCAUCGCAGACAUCUCUUACUGCUUGGCCUAUGCACUGGGGCCCAUAGCGGCUGGACAAAUAGUGCACGACCUGGGCUUUGUCCAGCUCAAUUUAGGCAUGGGCCUCGCCAAUGUACUUUACGCACCGGCUCUUCUUCUGCUGAAGAACGUAACGCAGAUGAAGCCGUCUUUCUCCGAGAGAAAUAUGCUCCUGGAGGAUGGCCCAACGGGACUGUAUGACACAAUUAAGAUGGAGCAACGAGAGAAGAAGAGAAAGGGUUUGUGUACUACGAUAGACGAGAAUGGCAUUGAGACAUUUGCGCAGCGCUCCCAUUCAGAGGAGGAAUCCUCAGGGGGAGAGUAUGCGUAAAAGACGUUUAACUGAGUGUAAAACUAUCAAAGUGCCCAUGUAGAGUUGUGUGCAUCCCGU